GAAGGGUCAAAAUUGUUUCUCGAAAGCCACUUAGCCCAUGAAAUAAAUCUAAUUGUUUAUGAUAAUCGGGUCUGAAUAUUAUUUCUAAUCAAUCUUCUUGCAAAUCCGUUGGAUUUCCGUCAAUCGGGAAAACAAUGAGUUCUGCAGGUUCCGGCAGAGGCAAGCCCAAGGCCGUCAAAUCUACGUCCCGAUCUCACAAGGCCGGCCUACAAUUCCCCGUCGGCAGAAUCGCGCGUUUUCUCAAAGCUGGUAAGUACGCCGAUCGUGUUGGCGCCGGCGCCCCUGUCUAUCUCGCCGCCGUUCUCGAAUAUUUGGCCGCCGAGGUACUGGAAUUGGCGGGGAAUGCGGCGAGGGAUAACAAGAAGAACAGGAUUGUUCCUCGCCAUAUUCAGCUGGCGGUGAGGAACGACGAGGAGCUCAGCAAGCUUCUGGGUGACGUCACCAUUGCAAACGGCGGCGUUUUGCCCAACAUCCAUCAACAUCUCUUGCCCACCAAGAAAGGGAAGGGCGAUAUCGGUUCUGCCUCGCAGGAAUUUUAGGUGUUAUACUCCGUAUCUUUUUCUUCUUUUCAUUCAACUUAAAUUUCGACGCUACUAGUCUUAUAUGACCAUCACAUUUACCCCCCCAAAAUCCCA